AUGAAUAUCAAUAAAGAUGAUGAUGUCAGAAAACAAUUGUUUUUAUCUAUAAUAAAGAAUAAGGUUACUAGAGUUAAAGUCAGUAAAUAUAUCAAUUUAAUUCAUAGACAGUUGUAUCCUUUGAAACGAAGAUAUGUUUGGAGUGAACUUGAAGAGGUAACCUCUAUUGAAACGCUUGGAAAACUCAGAGUGUUCUCGUUGAUCUAUAAGCAAUUCGAGAAAUCAGAGGAACUCUACAAUCGUCUUGAUUGGGGUACAGUCAUAUCGGGUCGUCCCUUGGCAACCAACGAAACGAAACCAUCGGACUUGGUUACCUCAACACCCAGUACAUCAACAAGAAAGAGAUCGACAUCAACUAAAUAUGCUGAUUUCAUAAGUAGUACAACAUCCAAAAGAAAGAAUAAGAAGAAUAAUAAUAAUAAUGAACAACAACAUCAACAACAACAACAAUUACAAGAAAAUCAAACUAUAUCUGUAGUUAAAAGACAUCAAUUUAUGAGUUAUUCAAAACUUAAAUAUGCAAUAAGGUUAGCGGUUGAAUCAGAUAAUUUGGAUUUAUUAAAGUUUGUUUGGACUCGAUAUGCAUUUGGAAAAGAUCAUUACAGUGAAAAAUAUAGUUUUAUUGGUAAUUUCCUGCUGUCUAUUGCCAAAUACGAUCGUUUAGAACUAUUAAAGUAUGCUUUGGAGGCAAAGAUUCUUGGAAUCUACGAGUUGGAGCCGAAAAUCGAUUACUUUCUAGAGAAGGCCGCUAUCAAAGUAAUCAAAUACCUCAAUGCAAACUACAGAUUUCUGCUCGCUAGAAAACCAUUGUAUUACAUGGCCAAGAGUGGUGAUAUUGAAUUCAUCAAAUCGUUGAAACUGACCGCUGCCAGUAGACUCAAGGCGAUCUAUCAUGCCGCUGUUGGUGGUCAGGUCGAGAUGCUCGAAUAUCUCUUUGACGAGACUGGCUACGACGAGGAGUUGGCAAUAGAUUCACUGUUUAAAAUACUGGAGGAGCUGCAAAAGACUGGACAUCUCGGUGCAUUCCGAUAUCUAUGUGAACGAUACAAUUUGGAUUUGCGUCCACACUCUUCUAAACUGGUGAGACUGUUCCAGCCGUGGUCCGUCCAAAUUCACGUUCAAGAGUAUGUAAGGGAGCGAAUUGCCAGCUUCAAUCGGGCAGAGGGAUUGCCAACCAAUGAUUUUGCUGUCUACUCUGGAUACUACAAUCGACCCGUUAAUAUCAUGUUGUCCGACGAACAGAAGGAGGCAGCACAAAUCAAAGAUAUGAUUUCGAGAACUACCGAUCUCGAGCAUUUCAUCUAUCUCUAUGGAUUGUAUGGAAAAUCGGUCACUUUGAACUUGGAGUCAUGUGAUUAUCCACGUGAGAUCUUCCAGUAUCUCUAUGAUCAAACCGCAGUUCCAAAGAUGAAGCGACAAAUGCCAGUCGAUAUGAUCAACAGAGGAUGGGAUGUAAUAGAGUUUCUGUUUGAUCGACAUCCAGAGUUCUCCAUUUACAAUCUCUAUCGAAUGACGAUUCUCUACAAUCACGUAUCGCUGAUGCGAAAAUACCGUUCAAAGUAUCCCGAUCAAAAGGGAAAAGGUUUUACCAGCUACAUUGAAGAGAGUGGCUCAUACGAGAUGACAAAGUAUUUGAAUGAAACCACACCAAACGAAGUGUGUACCUACGGAAUGCAUUACGCAGCGGCUCACAAUGACUUGGACUCUUUGCUUUACUUAUAUUUCCACAGAGAAGAAGGCUUCCAAAUGAAAGGUUUGAGAAGACGUGCACGUGUCUAUACACCUGAUAUACAAUAUUUCCUCAAAUAUAUUUAUGGACAUGAACCAAAUGAAGAAGAAGAGGAAGAUGAGGAAAAAGAGGAAGAGAAAGAAGAUGAUUAUUAUGACGACGUUUGUAAAGAUGUUAAAAGUGAGAUAUUGGAGCAUUCUGAACAUAUUAAAAAGAAACAAAGAAAUAAAUAA